GGCGAAUGUCAGUUAGUUGGCGCAUGGUUUACGUAAAAGCCGCACAAAUUGGUUGAUUUUUUAAUAAAAAAUAUAUUUGUAAGUAAAAAUCAAAGUGCAAAACCAUGUCUGCCGGUUUGACUCGCUUGUGGGAGCGCCUGCCACUCAAAAAACAGGUGGCCCAGAGCAGUAUUCGCGUUUUUUCCAACCAGGAGCAGCAGCAGCAGCCAGAAGUGGAAGACGAUGAAGAAUUCCGGGUGCUCAGUUUGCGGACGGUGAAGCAGCAGUUCCAGCGGCGCCAGCAGGUGCGCAGGGAUCCCAUCACACCACCGCGCACCGGUCGCAUGGCGGUGGAUCAGGAUUGGACGGCCGUUUGGCCCGGACCACGCUCCUUUCACCCGGCCAGUGUGCCACUGCCACUCCGCCAGGGAUUCACGGAACGCGGGGCGGCGGCCCCGUCGAAAUUCGCCAACGCUGAGCUGAUGAAGAUACCCAACUUUUUGCACUUGACGCCACCGGCCAUUCGUCAGCAGUGCGAGGCCAUCAAGAGGUUCUGCACGUCAUGGCCGAAGGGUCUGGAAACGGAGGCCAAGUGGCAGCGCCACUUCCCCGUGGAGGUCACCACCACGGACUUUUGUCACAGUUUGCCCACGAUCAGAAAUCCGGAGGCCAGGCGGGUCACCAUUUCCCUGAAGCUCUCUGAUCUUAAGUUCGACUCGCAUGCCCGGGAUAAGUUCCUGCGGCUGGUGGGCGAUCGAUACAACAAGGAUACGGACAUCCUCACCUUCGUCACGGAUCGGUGUCCGCAAAAAAAGCAGAACUACGACUACGCUCUGUAUUUACUCACCGCUUGCUACCACGAAUCCUUCGUCACCGAACCCUGGGAGGCAACCAAAUCGGAGGCCGACAUGGAGGUCUAUCUGUUCGAGAGGAACCAGUCCAAGCUCUCCGCCGAGGGAAUCCUCAACUGGAACGCCAAAGAGGGUGCUCCCAAGGUGGCUCCCAGUAAAUCGUAUGCCAAUUGUGUGGAGCAACUGAUAAACGAGGGGGAAAACGAGUACAACUUGGGCAAAUACAAGGAGGAGGUCAAGAAAAUGUUGAACAUUGCCUAGAGAAUCGUUGUUGAAUCCAAUAAAAAGAGAUGUUAGUAAUAGAA